AUGGCCAAGUUAUCAUGGACAUUUAAAGUGGCUAUUAUAGUAGUGUUAUCGUUUUUAAACGUAUCUCAAGGAUCAUUUAAUCCUGGUAAUACACUUGCUAAUUGCAUCUCCGUUCCUCCACCAGCUUUCUGCAAUACAUUGCUACCUUUGACUUCAUUUCGAACAGUCGACGGAACAUGCAACAACCUCUUCAAAACAACACAGGGAGCUCGAAACACACCGUUAGCUCGACUUCUUCCCGCCGAUUAUGUUGAUCGUGGUAAUCUUGAUACACCUCGGGGAUUCCCUGGAACAUUCCCUAUUGUUCCCACAGCACAUGAAGUUUCACAGGCAGUGUUCGGUGUUCAAUUUCGAAAUAGGCAAAGAUCUAGAGGAUUAUCAGCAAUGUUUAUGGCAUUCGGACAGUUUCUUGAUCACGAUAUUGGGUACACAACUCACCCGACAUGCGAUGUUUCUGCAGGUUGUGGAUCGAUAACUUCGUUCACUUAUCCAUGUUUCCCGCUUCGAUUUGUACGCGGCGGAGCAAAAUGUACAUCACUCGCUAGAUCAUUUCCAGUAUGCCAGCCUCGAUCUUCAUCACGAACCACGAGAGAACAAAUAAACAUCAUAUCUUCUUAUAUCGAUCUUUCUCAAGUUUACAGCAACGAGUUAAUCGUUCACAAAAAAUUGAGAAGAUUGGACGGCACUGGUUUAUUAAGAGUUACAUCUACAAAUUUAAUGCCAAUCAGACUUCGAGCUUCUGAUCCUGAAUGUGGCAAUCCUGGUGGUUGCUCAUUAGUUGGUGACGACAGAGGAGAUGAAAACAUUGUCCUUCAUACUUUGCAUACCAUCUUUGUCCGAAACCACAACUACAUAGCAAAGCAACUAAAGCGGCUUACAGGAAAUUGGAAUGAGAAAUUACUUUUUGAAACUGCAAGAAAAAUAAAUAUUGCCAUUUGCCAACGCAUCGUUUACAACGAAUUCCUGCCAAGUCUUGUUGAUUUAACUCCAUACAGAGCAUACAAUCCCCUAGUGGAUGCUAGCAUACUUAAUGUGUUUUCAACAGCAGCCUUUAGGUUUGGCCACAGUUUAGUUCCGAACGCUUGGGCACAACUCAACAAUAAUUUUGACAAAGCUUUUAAUGAUAUAUCUCUUCAAGCUUCGUUCGAAAAUACUCUCCCGAUUCGUCGGCGUGGUAUUGAAUCAACUGCGUUCGGUUUACUAGCUAACCAAUCGCAAACAGUUGAUACAACCUUCGCUUUUGGAAUCGCUCGUAGAUUAUUUGUUCCUCUCGGAGAAAGAAGACGUGAAGAUUUGACAGCGUUGAACAUUCAAAGGGGACGUGACCACGGUUUAAAAACGUACGGAGCCUGGAGAAGAAGGUGUAACUUGCCAGCAGUUAACUCAUUUGCUGAUCUAGAAGGAAUAAUCCCGACUCGAGUAAUAAGAAAUCUCAAAGCCGUAUACAGUAACCCAAACGAUAUUGAUAUAUUUGCAGCUGGUAUCGCAGAAAUACGUACAAAUGGAAAAAUGCUUGGUCCUACCUUUCAAUGCAUCCAAAAAAUCCAAUUUGAACGAUUUAGAGAUGGUGACAGAUUUUGGUAUGAGAGUCCCGGGGUGUUCACUUCAUCACAGUUAAGGGAGAUAAACAGAAUGACUUUAUCUGGGGUCUUAUGUAACACUUUGAAGGGCAUUGUAUCUAUCCAACCGCGGGCAUUGCAAGCUGUUACUUCUACUACUGUACGACAUGAAUGCGGUCGUAUUCCUAAAAUGAAUUUUGGACCAUGGUCUUUAAAGUUAAAGAAUUCAUAUUUUGUUUUGAACUUUUAUGAGCCCUUUUAA